AUGGCCGAAAACUUUUACAAAGCUCCCGAGUUUGAUACGCUUCAGCUCCAUGCUGGCCAGACUCCGGAUCCUGCCACUAAUGCACGCGCUGUGCCCAUUUAUGCCAGCACAAGCUUUGUUUUCAACGACUCAGAGCAUGCAGCCAGUCUCUUUGGAUUAAAGGCAUUUGGAAACAUUUACUCGAGGAUUGGUAACCCCACCGUCGACGUCUUCGAGAAACGCAUCGCCGCACUCGAAGGUGGCGUCGCAGCCGUGGCUGCAGCCUCUGGCCAAGCAGCACAGUUCCAGGCCAUCUCGACUAUUGCAGGUUCAGGUGACAAUAUUGUCGCGACGUCGUAUCUCUACGGUGGAACGUAUAACCAGUUCAAGGUCCUCUUCAAAAAGUAUGGUAUCACCGUCAAGUUUGUCAACGACGACAAGCCCGAGUCGUUUGCUGCGGCUAUUGAUAGCAAUACCAAGGCUCUUUAUGUCGAGAGUAUUGGGAACCCAAAGUAUAAUGUUGCGCCGAUCCCCGAAAUUGCCAAGGUUGCCCAUGCCAAUGGUAUUCCAUUGAUUGUGGAUAAUACGUUUGGUGCGGGAGGGUACAUUGUUCGUCCGAUUGAUUUGGGUGCGGACAUUGUCGUGCACAGUGCUACCAAAUGGAUUGGUGGGCAUGGAACGACCAUUGGUGGUGUCGUUGUCGACUCUGGCAAGUUUGAUUGGGCAGCGAGCGGUCGCUUCCCUAGCUUCACCGAGCCCAGUGAAGGCUACCACGGACUCAAGAUCUGGGAGACAUUUGGUAAUCUGUCCUUUGCUAUCAAAUUGCGCAUAGAGAUUCUCCGCGACAUUGGAGCAACACUCAACCCAUUCGCUGCAUUCCAACUCUUGAUUGGUUUAGAGACGUUGAGUCUUCGUGCUCAGCGACACAGUGAUAAUGCACUCGCAUUGGCCAAAUUCCUCGAGAAGCAUCCCAAGGUUUCCUGGGUGCUCUACCCGGGUCUCGAAUCCCACCCGUCGCAUGAGACGGCAAAGAAGCUCCUUCGUCCCAACACAUUUGGAGGUGUUCUCUCCUUCGGAGUCAAGGGAGACGCAAAGGCGGGUAGCAAAGUCGUCGACAAUCUCCGGCUGGCCAGCCAUCUCGCAAACGUGGGAGACGCAAAGACUCUAGUGAUCCACCCUGCGACGACAACUCAUCAGCAAUUGAUUGCAGAGGAACAGCUGGCGUCUGGCGUUACUCCAGAUCUCAUCCGAGUAUCGGUCGGUAUUGAGGCUAUUAGCGACAUUAUUGCCGAUUUCGACAAUGCGCUGAACAUUGCGGUCCCCAACUAA